CAACAACUUUCUGCAAAAAAACUCGCAAGAGGCAAAAACACUCGACUCAUUAAGCCCAACCCCAAUCUAACUCGAUGUCAUGAUGAACGAUCCCUCAGAAAGGCCGUCCAAGCGGGCGCGCAUUCUCUCCUCGAUAAACCCAUACCAGAUCGACGGCCCGCAACCGCCCCAAAGCGCCUCCCCAGCAUCGCCGAAACGAACCCAACCCCAGAAGCCGCAGCCAUCGGACCGCCCGUCUCGUGACGCCGAAGCAGAGGCAGGGGAGCAGUCUUCGAAGAGCGGAAUGAACGACUCCUACUCUAGCACCAGGCCGAGCAAGUUUCGCUUCAAAGACCCCGCGCGCAAAAAGGACCGCCGUGAUAGGGAAUCAGACCACACAUCAGACCGCCACCACCGGUCUCGCCGACACCGCGGAGAUGAGGACGAUGAGCGGCACAGAAGCCGCCGUCAUCGCCACGACCACGGCGAGGAAGCCGGCGAGGACGAGCGCAGCAGUACGAGCCACCGACACCGCCACCGGCGAAGACGGCGCGACAAGGAAGAAGCGCCGCCAGACCCGGAACCCGAGGACCCAUUCGCGGGCCCGCCGCUGGACCCGGACGCUGCCUUCCGCGAAUCGCUGUUCGACGCCAUGGCGGACGAUGAGGGCGCGGCGUACUGGGAGGGCGUGUACGGGCAGCCGAUCCACACGCUGGGCGGCGGGGCGGGCGAGCUAGAGUCCAUGACCGAGGACGAGUACGCGGCGCACAUCCGCGCCAAGAUGUGGGAGAAGACGCACGCGGGCCUGCUGGAGGCCAGGGAGAGGAAGCGGAGGGAGAGGGCGGAGCGCGACGAGGAGAGGGCCCGCGACAGGAGGGCCAGGGACGAUGCGGGCAGGGUCGACGACGCGGUCGAGGCCAGGCUGCGGAGGGGUCGCGACAGGAGGCUGCGCAGGGAGUGGCGGGAGCGCUGGGCGAGGUACUGUGAUGCGUGGGCACGCUGGGACAAGGGCCUUGCCGAGGACGAGGCGCUGGGCUUGCUUACGGGUGGGGGCGAUGCAUGGCCUGUUGAGAGCGGGCGGCGGGCCGACGUCAACAGCGCCGGGGUGAAGGCGUUUUUCACGCAGUGUCUGGAUGCUGUAGCUGAAGAGAAAGCAGGUGGUAAGGCAGCUUCAUCGUCAUCAGCGGGCGGGGAUGUCGCGGCUCGACUAAAAGAGGAGAGAGUGCGGUGGCAUCCUGACAAGAUCCAGCAACGUCUAGGAGGUCGCGUCGACGAGGACCUCGGACGCGACGUGACGGCUGUUUUUCAAAUCGUGGAUAAUCUGUGGUCGGAGAUGCGAGGCAAGAAGUGAUAUUGGUAAAGACAUUGAUGAAGACGUUGAAGACCCUAAUGAUAAUUGGGCAUGAAAAUGCGACACUGUGGCCUACAGAAUAUACUACAUAGACGGACUUGCAGCGGAUACCCUGAAAUAGACACAUGACAACAAUAUAAACAUGAUUACUUGGAG